CAAAGCAGGACUGGAAACGCCCUUGAUCAUUUCUUAAUCCACCACACCAAAUUGCUUCUCUUGUUAGAUCCUAUAGAAAUGAAAAAGGAGGGCUAAAGGCUGUAUUUUUUUUUUUAAAUUAAGUUUUAGAAAGGACCUUGGUGAAUGAGUUCAACAUUUGGCUUGCCUUAAGGAUACUGAAAAGUCCUAUCUACCCACUUACUAUGGCUCUUAUGAUGACUUUCUAUCAGAAAUUUUGCAGGGAUGCUCUUAAUAGCAUCUUUUCAAAAAUGUUCGGAGGAAAGAAAUUUCAUGUGACUAGAGACCAUCUUCUUUAAAGGAAGUUUCUGAGAGAGAAGAAAGUCAGCUCCCGGGGGGCUUUAGUCUGAACUGCAGCCUCCCACAUGAUCUCUUCUUGCCCAGCCACAGCACAUGAUCUAAUCCCAGAGGCCAGGGAUCUGCAGGAGACCUCCCCAGUUCUGGAUUAAACAGGCUCUGCUGCAGAUCUCUGUUUAUAACACAAGCUAGACUUUUCCAUGGCAUCUCCCAGACUGGAGACCUUCUGUUGCCCAAACCGGGAUGCAGCUACACAGCUGGUACUGGCUUUCCAGCCCCAGGUAUUUAAUGGGGUGUGCCUUGGGAGCGCCUCCUUCAAUUUACUGCUUAGCAUCUUACAGCUCUUUCCCAAGAAGAGCCAGGGACCCAAGAAGCUCCCCCACACUUCCUCUGCCACCAUCCUGCUCUUCAUCUCUGCCUGUGAUCUCCUGGGCUGCCUAGGUAUCAUAUUCAGGUCUACAGUAUGGUUAGGAUUUCCAGAUUUCAUUGGAAAUAUCUCAGUGGUGAAUGGAACAGAUGUGUGGCCUGCUGCUUUCUGUGUAGGAAGUGCGGUGUGGAUCCAGCUGUUAUAUAGUGCCUGUUUCUGGUGGCUGUUUUGCUAUGCUGUAGAUGCCUAUUUGGUGAUAAGAAGAUCUGCAGGAUUAAGUACUAUUCUGCUCUACCACAUAAUGGCAUGGGGCCUGGCAAUCCUUCUUUGCAUAGAGGGUAUUACUAUGCUUUACUACCCUUCUGUCUUCAGUUGUGAAAGUGGCCUGGAGCAUGCAGUCCCCCAUUAUGUGACUACAUAUGUGCCACUCCUGCUAGUUUUGUUGACUAAUCCCAUCCUGUUCCAAAAGACAGUUGUGGCAGUGGCAUCUUUACUCAAAGGAAGACAAGGCAUUUACACAGAGAAUGAAAGGCGGCUGGGAGCAGUGAUUCAAAUUCGUUUUUUCAAAAUUAUGCUGGUUUUCAUUAUUUGUUGGUUGCCGAAUAUCAUCAAUGAAAGUCUUUUGUUCUACCUUGAAACACAGCCAGAUAUCAAUGGAAGCUCUUUGAAAAAUGUUAGAAAUGCAACCCUGAUCACAUGGUUUACUAUGGGAAUACUGAACCCACUGCAAGGCUUUCUCUUUACCUUGGCUUUCUAUGGCUGGACAGGAUGCGAAUUGGAUUUUAAAUGUCAAAAGAAAGAGAUACAAUGGGAAUCUUUGUCGACCUCAGCUGUUGAACAUACUUACAUCUCACAAGUUGGGUCCUCCCUCAACUAUGAAAAUUAUUCUCCCAAGAAGACAGUGGUGCUGAAUGGACAUAAUUCUGAUGAAGCACUAGGCAUGCUGUCAGAAGGUUCUGAUGCCAGCACAAUUGAAAUCCACAUACCAAGUGGAUCCCAAAACUUAAAUGAUGCUGCUGUUCCAGAGGGGAUCAGGGGGAAGUCUUGAAGGGCAACCAUGAAGGGCUGAGAGGCUCCCAUUUGGAAUUCUUAAGGCCAUUGCCAAGGUUUCCUGCUUUUUGGAGCAAUGUCUCUGAUGAGGCUUUGCUGCCUCUCUGAAACUAUUACCUUUCUCCCUUCCCUCCCUAUUUUCCUGCUUGCAAAGUUUCUAUCUUUCCCCUCAUUAAAAAAAAAUAAUAAAACAACAAACACUUUUAGGGUAGAUGAAUGAUUUGUGCCUGGAAAUAGAAGAGCAAACUUGAGCAUUCCUGUGUAAAUGAGCUGUGCAACAGCUUAUCUCAGCAGUGUCCCUCCCAGGCAGUUUUCUCAAGCUGGAUGGAAGCCAAAAGCUUGCUCCAAAUCCUUUCCUGGAAAAAUAAAGUGGAUUUAACUCAUUCUGCAAGGUUUCCAGUUUCUUCAAGGACAACCUUAUAAGCAUGCUUGUCUUCAGAUUGACCCUGGUCAUGAAUGAGAUUACAGUGGUGACAAAUAGCAGCAUUGGUGGUAGCAACACAGUUUUUCAGCCAAAUAAAUAGAUUGUAAUGGAAUUAUAGAUCAUUCUCUGUGCUAUCAUAUUUGGUGGGUGAGAAGAUGGCCUGUUUGGCUGUCAACGUUUGUUUUUGUUUCUGACACUAUGUUGAACAAAAAUAUUUUCAGGAGAACACUUGGAACUUCUCUAUAAUGCAUGUAAUAUUACUAAUUGGUGAAACCAGGAAAAGGGAAGAUUCCAUUUUAGUAAGCUACAAAGACAAAAAAAGUCUUUGCAGAAAUGCUACAACGUGCAUUGAUAUGUUGAAAAAAAAUAAUAAUUACAAAAAUAAAAAUAAGUCUUAUAGUCUCAAAACAUCAAACAUUACUUAGUGAUUUUUAAUAGCUGCUUUGUCUAAAUA